AUGAAAUGUGCUCGAUAGAGUUGGAGAUAGGGAUCGCUUCUGACCAUAAAACAUAUGACAGAAAAAAUAGACCAUUUGAUCGUGGACCAAAUUACAUUUUUGCUACAAAAAUAGUAUGAUUAGUUGUCGAACAACAGUAUCGCUACAUUUUAAUCAAUUGCAUGGCGUUUAAAGCCCCACAACUACUCAAUCAUCCAUAUCUGCGACUUACAAAGCAGUGACAUGGCAUACAAAUAAGAAGAGUGAUGGCCACUUAACAAUUACAGAAAACUGAUUUUAACGGACUCUGAAUGACUCGGCUUUGGCCACACAUCCAUAUAGUUUGGGAUGCAAACACAUUCCGGGAUAUCAAGAGAUCAAACUCCAGUGACACGCUAGAAAUAGAAACAAUACCAUGUCGCGACUCGCGAGGGUAAUUAAAAUUGGACAGUCAUAAUGUUUCGUAAUUCCGACAUUUAGAGCGGUCUAAUGGAUGACCGCCUGGCCAGUGGAGUUUCAGCAAUCAAUUGAGCCGAACGAUCACUGAUCGCUGCAGUCAAAUACCGCUUAAUGCGCAAAUAAUUGUGGAUUUUGGGUAAACGGGGCCAGCGAAAAAUCCAUAUAAAUAGGGCUUAGGCCGUCGAGGAGUUUCCAAAAUCAUCCAAAACUUCGAGUAGACAGAAUGCUGCGACUGAAUUGCUUGUUCCUGCUCAGCUGCCUGGGCUUCCAGGCAGCGUUGGCCUGCAAUGGCUACAAAGCCAAGCUGGUCAAGAUGGAGAACUGUGCUGGCGAGGACGCCAUCAUGACGGUGGGCAGUGACUUCAGCCUGAAGCUGAACAAGAAGUGCGAGCUGGUUCCCUCGGGCUGCAUCUCGAACAAGCCCUUCGGCACCGCCGUGGCCAAGUUCAAGGUGCAGAAGGACGGCAUCGUGAUGAAGGAGGGCAAGAUCGACCUGUGCGCCGCCAUCGAUCAGGCAUCCAGCGAGGGCAAGGACAUGCUGAAGCUCUUCGGAGCACCUUCCUCCUGUCCGGUGGCCGAGGAGAAGGUGUGCGCCAACGAUCACUCCGUGGAUCUGAGCAAGUACAAGGCCAUGUUGGGCAUGGCUCGCGGUCACCUCAUCAUCGAUUCGGAGGUCAAGCAUGACACAGGCAAGUCCUGCAUUCAUGCCGAAAUCGAGAUCACCAAGAACUAGUGGCUCUCGGACGAUCGGUGGUCUUAUGUUUGUAUUAUGAGUCUUGCAAAUUAUGUAGUUGUAAAUACGCAGGCAAUCAAAACUGGUAAAGCGGUGCACACAGGGAAUAAAUAUGCAAAAAAUACCGAAUUCAAA